CGCGCCGCCAUCUUGCGUUACGGACGGCGUCCCUGAUCCCUGGCGGGCCGGGGCCUCGCUCGAGGGAUCCCCCCUCCCCCCUCCCCCUUUUAGGUGUCUUCAUAAAAUGCCCGCCGCGCGCCUCGGCUGGGCCCCAAGAUGGCGUCGAUGCGGGAGAGCGACAUCGGCCUGUGGCUGCACAACAAGCUGGGCUCGGCCGACGAGCUGUGGGCGCCUCCGAGCAUCGCCUCGCUGCUCACCACCUCGGUCAUCGAAAACAUCCGCCUCUGCUUCCACGGCCUCUCCUCGCCCGUCAAGCUCAAGCUGCUGCUGGGCGUCCUCCACCUGCCCCGCCGCGCCGUCGACGAGAUGAAAGGCGCCCUGACGAAAAUUAUCCAGCUGGCUACUUUGGAUCCAGACCCCUGGGUCUUGAUGGUGGCCGAUAUUUUAAAAUCCUUCCCAGAUAUUGGCUCCCUUAACCUCGAUCUGGAAGAGCAGAACCCCAAUGUCCAGGACAUCCUGGGAGAACUGCGAGAGAAAGUGAGCGACUGUGAAUCCUCCGCCAUGUUGCCUUUGGAAUGCCAGUACUUGAACAAAAACGCCUUGACCACCUUGGCCGGACCCUUCACGCCUCCCGUCAAACACUUCCAGCUGAAGCGGAAGCCCAAAAGUGCCACUCUGCGAGCGGAGCUCCUGCAGAAGUCUGCUGAAACUGCGCAACAGCUGAAGAAGACGGCCGGAGUAGCUUUUCAUGCCAAAGGAAGAGGGUUGGUGAAGAAGGUGGACACCACAACUCCACUCAAAGGGAUCCCCAAGCAAGCUCCCUUCAGGAACCCCACCACGCCCUUCGUCUUCAGCCCCACGGGGAACCGGGCCCUCAUCCUGUCCUCCAAAGUGCCUCUGUGCAAGGAGAGAGGCGUCAAGUACCUGGACAUGGAAGAGCUGAAGGCCGUGGAUUCCGGGCGGGAAGCGAAGAGGAGGAGGAAGAAGUUGGAUACGGACGUGGUGGCCAAGCAGGCCAAGGAGGAGACGGUCGUAGAGAACGCCACACCGGACUAUGCGGCUGGGCUCGUCUCCACCCAGAAACCUGCUUCCCUGAACGACCCAGCGCUCGCUUCUACCAGCUACCUGCCUGCAGCGCCCAGCGCGGUGCCGUCCUCUUCUUACGUCCCAGGCUCUGACCCCCAGCCAACUGGCUCCACCUGGGACCCCCUGCAAGCUAAGGACGAAGCUGCUUCGGCCGCCCCCCCCACUGCUCUCCCGGCGGCUCAGUUCAAGCAACGGACGCCCAUGUACAAUAGCCACUUGAACCCGAGUGCUACUCCCGCGGUGGCGGCAGCGGCAGCAACGCCAGCAGCAACGGCAGCAGCAGCCCCACCCGCCGAGUCCCCGGUGUCUCCUCCGGUGACCUCCCCGGCAACACAGGGACCACCCGCCGCUCCUCAGGAUGCCCCCGCUGCCAAGAAGGGCCUCUCCCUCACCAAGGAGCAGCUGUUUGCAGCCCGUGAAAUCUUCCAGACGGCAAACAAAGUGACAAGGCCCGAGAAGGCGCUCAUCCUCGGGUUCAUGGCGGGAUCCAGAGAAAACCCGUGCCAGGAGCAGGGCGACGUGAUCCAGGUCAAACUGAGCGAGCACACGGAGGUCAUGCCGAAUCCUGACGGGACCGGAAGCACCACCAUGCUGGUGGACACCAUCUUCGAGAUGAACUACGCCACCGGCGAGUGGAGCCGGCUGACGAAGCGCAGGCCCAUGACAAACGUUCCUUAGGCAAUCCCGUGACGGGGCGAUGCAGACCAAAUAGCGCCUAGAGUAAAGCCAGCUUCCACGUUGUGUGUCCACUAAAAGCAGAACGACAUUCCCCGGGAGGCCGCCUGGCGACCGGCCCUUGUCCCAGCCCCACAGUUGGCCAAAGGAGGAGGAAGGCGGGAGGAAACGGCAGCUCUUCAUCGCAGGAGUGAUGGCGGAAGGCGGCUUUUCAUCCGCCUGCCUCUUCUGGGGGAGGAGAGAAGGGGAGGAAGCCCUUCGCCAGCAGGGACCAGGGUUGACUUUCUCCGUUCCCUUGUUCAAUCGAGGCCCUGCUAUUUAUUUCGGCCGUUUCUUCUUUCCCCCUUUUGCAGCUGACUGCAAGUAGCGCUGGUCCUGCUGGGCGGCCCUCCUUGGGGUGGUUUUCCUGAGGUGAAAAGCCCCCAGGAUGCUCCUCCCUCUUCCUUCGGCUUCUCAGGAUUGCACCAAUAAUAAACCUUCAUUUCCUUGAGAACAGCCGGUCCCCGCGUGUGUGUCCAUGCACCAGUCACGGAAAGGGGCUACCUUUUAACCCGGGCCCGGUGAAAAGGGGCGGCCCCAAAGCUUACCACCUCAGGGGCGCCCGUGCGAGGGAGCUCCCCUCACGGGGAAGGCGAAUGAGCAACUUCGGCUCCCGAGUUCUCUUGGAACGGUUCAAUUGCAAGAGUUUGAGAUUGCGGGGGCUUCAGAAGGCGGACGUAGCAAAUUCCAAGGAUUGCCUUGUGUGACGGGGGGACCAGGUGGCGUGUGCGAAAGGCUGUUAUGGGGCGGAUGUCAUCACGCGGCGAAGCUUUUGCGGAGCCUGCUUCCCGUUGAAGCCAGUCAAAACAAAAACAACAAUAAUUAGGCCUCCCUCCCUGCUUUGCGGCACCGUCGCUGAAGGGUGACCUGAGAUGGUUCCUCUCGCAGGGCUCAUUUUCUGCAGUUCUCUUUUCCAAGGCAUUACGUUGGUCACCGUAGGGCUGCAGGGGCGUCUCUGGGUGUGACGUGGAUUGCAGGGGCAUCACUAUUGCAAAGGUCUCCCCCCCCCUUCCCCCCACCCCACCCCCGAGGUUGGAACGGUUUUCUUAGUUUCUGGGCUCCUUAAUUCCCUGGUAAGCCUUUGAAGUCUGAGAAUUGACAGCUCAGUCGUUUUAGUCAGAGGAAGAGUUUUACAAAUAAAGAAUUUCUUUCUGUUCAUUGGAAUUGUAGGGAGAUGGUAGGAUAUUUUCUUUUUAAGUUUUGAAGGUCAAGGGAAACGGUUUGGGCCGGGAGGGGGACGGAUUAAGGCUUGGGCCAAACUGCAGCUGGAAACAAAAUCCCGACCCCCCCCCCCCCCCCCCCGUUUGGAGAAUGUUGAGCUAGAAAGAGGGGAGAUGAUGGGAUCCCGUGAGGUUUUGUUUUAACGGACCUGAAUGGUGUGUUGGUUUCUAAAUCCUACCCAGGAGGCCAGCCAGAAUCAGAAAAGCCUCACAAAGGGUUCAGAAGAGAUUCUU